CAUUCAUUCUAGAGUUGCCUCUCUCUGAUAGCGGUUGAUUUUGCGCUUCUGCUCAUCACCAUCAAUCCAUUGUUUUGUGUGAUUAUACUUCAUAUUUUUUUACGUCGUGCUCAUGCGCCGAUUUGAUUUAGUUCGGUACCUUUGAUAAGCCGUGCUUUUGUUCGAGAGUGAUCAUUUUAGCUGUAGCUGGGAAACUCGACAGACAUGUUCCAACAGUUCAUUUUCUUGUAACCUCAUUGGACUUUACUUUAUUAUAGCCUGGAUUUGUUUUGACGAGUUGGAUUUCGGUUAUCAGCGUCCUACGUUUACAUCCAUUUGUUCUCAACCGGGUCACCGAGCAUGAAGGUUGGGGAGUUACCAUUCACUCUCCAUCGGAGAAGCUGUCCGUGGAGCCAUUCAACCACGUCCGCGACGACGACAACGGACCAAAACAGCAACAAUCAACCAUCACCUACACAUCAACGGCCGUCGCCACUCACGGCGUUACUCUUCGAAGCAAACGAGUCGUCAUCGUCGCCGACGCCGUCAACGGGUCCACCGACGCCCCCCUCAUCGCCACCCGAUCCUGCACCCACAUCAACGGCCACGACAACUACGCCACAGAUUUUCGCGUCGCAACGAUGUUCAUGCCCGUGCAGCGACUGCGUCAAGCUAGUCCGUGACUCGACGUGUGGUAUGGAUAUGGACUUGGCGCGUUGGUUGACGAAAUGUGCCGAAUUCGGGACAGGACAUACAAGCUUAGCAAACAUUAAUGUACACGAUAGGCAAUUACUGGUAUGCUCUGCCUGGAAAGACAUAGUUAUCCUGUACAUGGCACAGAAUAAGUUCAAUUUCGAUGUAGUCUACUCGAGCAUGCACGAAUACCUUCAACAUGUACCCAUUCACCAAUAUGUCCAAACGUACACGACGCAUCAUACGGUGGACGCUCAGUUCCAGGCGGAUUUUAUCGCGAAGACUGGACUAGUUUCUCAGACCUACGUGCAUCCUCUAAGGAGAGGUAGCGACUUUGGGAUACCAACCAUGAGAACUGUUAACCAGCUCCAAUUCACAUUAUCAAAGCUCAACCAGAUGCAACUUGACUCAAAGGAAUAUGCCGUGUUGAGGAUACUGCUCCUCUUGAAUUCCGAUCUGCAUUCCUUGACGGAUAGCCGAGCGAUAGAGGUUGCCAGCGAGAAGGUCCACACGGCCCUGAUGGAGUAUGAGACCCUCAAAUACCCCGAUGAUCCUCUUCGGCUGUCCCACAUGCUCUUGCUCCUACCGGGUGUCCGAGGGUUCAGCGCCGCCGUCUUUGAGAACCUUUUCUAUCAUCACCUCAUCGGAGACACCAGCGUCACGUCCGUUCUCCGGGAACUCAUGGUCCGGUAGCCAACAUUUUUUCCCCAUCAGAAAUGAAGAACAGAGUGGUCCUGAGGACGUCAUCACCAAACUUGAAGUGCAUUCUUGUCUUUUUCGGAGUGAGGAAUCCAUGGCGGGUAAUCUUCUAGCUACUGUAGUGGAAGCAUGUUUAUCAUGAUGAUAGAAGUGUUUUAAGGUACUCUUCCUGUGGAUAGGUGUUUAGACUUGAAUCUUUAGGCAGGGCGACGCACUCGUCGUGUGAGCAUCAAUCCUCCCCACACGAAGCACCCGAAGUCAUGCUGGCCUUUAUGAUAAUGUACUAUGUUCUGAUGGACAUCGUGGACGCACUCGAGGCGAUUCUCAUCGGUUUCAUGGUUGCACGGUCACAAGAAAGGCCAUGUUGUUUGAUAUCUGCAACGAUAUUUAAGUCAUUCCGACCUUUAUAGUUUUUUACAUUAGCUUCAGUUUCAGUU